AUGACAAAGAGUGUAGAGAGCAGAGAGCUACAGCGGCGCAAUAAUCCGCAGUCGGCGAACUGGCUCUUUCGGAACACAAGAACCUGCCCGCUGCUGCCACCAUCGCCGCCGCCGCCGCCUCGAGCCCCGCGCUCCCAAACUGGUAGAGAGAGAGCCGCUCCCUCCCUCGUGUCCUCCACCUCUGGGUCAGUAGUGCUAUUCUUUUCUCCCCCUUUACUAUCGCAGACCUGAAAGUGAGAGUCCAAACAACUUUCCUGAAUCGAACCAGCUUGACUCCAGGGGCUUUCCUGGAUUCCGGGCUCAUAGUUC